AUGUGGAACUGUCGUCACCAAAAGAGAGUGAACGCCUCAAAUUACUACUGUGACGUUGGGAUUUGUUCGUCCUGUUUGGAUUGUCCCACUGCCAUAAAUGUGUAUUCUGCCCGAGCCUCUGUCCUAACCUCCUCCACAACACCCAUACUCACCCUCAACAAGGACUUGGAAGGCGGCCGCAGUGUAGACUUGGUCUUUAGACGGAAGAUACCGAAUUGCCGCAUCCACGGCCAAGGGCCAACCACUGCGAAUCGAGACGGCCCAUCAAGCAACAUCGGAGGUUGCGUAGUAGGCGAUGAAUUCGGUACAGAGCCCACCCAACGCAGACCUAAUAGCACUACGCAGCACUCCCCUCGGCAGCUCCAAAUCCACAUCCACUUCCUCCAAUGCAUGCCUGCAGUCGAAGUACUCAUGCAAGGCGUGGAUAAGGUGGAGGUUAUAUACGUCCAUGUGGCGGUCGCAUUCAACAAAAUAUUGCAUUGUCCCUCAGACCACAUACCCAAAGGCUACAUCUCCUACACAGAGAACACAGUAGGAGGAAUAUCAAGAGGUACACAUCUGCAGCACAACGUCUCUGCUAGGAAGUAUGGUCAAAAUCACGGUGGGAUUAUAUGA